GUUGAGCUCAACCCACAGGAAGACGGAAGCAAAUGACAAGCGCUUGCAAACUCAUCGCUGACCGAGGAGGGUGCAAGGACAUCAGCCAAGCGCUUGGGACUAUGACUUCUGUGGAUGGUUCAUAAACUGUCAGUGUAUUUUUACUGUACGGCCACCCAACUUUAUUGUAAAUCAUACAUUAACUUUAGACGUCUUCAGUCAUACAGACGGGAGCAGAAUGGCAUCGAUUUUCCUCAUCAGGUCUCGGACUUCGCUGUUGACAACAUCUAGAUCAAUAAAGAACGAAUUCAGAAAAGGAAAGUUGACUGAAGGAGCGUGCUUCAGUUGUACUGCAUUGCGGUUAGCCACAAACAGUCCUGCCGUUCUUGGAUGCAGCCUGCGGCCUCAUGCAUCAUCUGUACCGCAUCCUGAAUUCUCAUCGAGUCAGCAGCACUGUUUGACCAGGUCACGCCGUAUGUACUGUGCCGUCUUAGUACCUGACCACUCCCUGUCAGGCCACACCCACUUCACGCAUCAUAGGACGAUAGCUUGGCCAGAAAGCACUUCCGUUCGGUGGGUGCAUACUACAGGCCGUCUUCAUGACGAUUCAAAAGUUGAACAGUCUUUACGUUCACUAAAGGAUCGGAAUAAAAAGCUCGAGGAGGGUGGGCCGGUUUACAGUCCGACAGUGGACGCGGAGCCGGUGAGAAGGUCGAUAGGGCAACGCGUCGUUGAUGAGGUGAAGCACUACUAUCAUGGAUUUCGUCUAUUGUGGAUUGACACAACCAUCGCUGUGCGCAUGCUCUGGAGGGUACUGAAUGGAAACACUCUGUCACGCCGCGAAAGGAGACAGUUCCUGAGGACAUGUGCAGAUGUUUUCCGACUGGUCCCCUUUCUAGUUUUUAUCAUCGUUCCCUUUAUGGAGUUUCUGCUUCCCAUUGCAGUGAAGCUUUUCCCUAACAUGCUGCCGUCCACCUUUGAAACGCAGUCCAAAAAGGAGGAAAGGCUGAAGAAGGAGCUAAGGGGGAAGCUAGAGAUGGCCAAGUUCUUGCAGGACACAAUUGAGGAGAUCGCACUAAGAAAUAAAGCAGCCCAAGGCAAUGUGACCGAAGAGUUCUCCACUUUCUUCCAAAAGAUUCGUGACUCAGGAGAGAGACCCAGUAAUGAGCAGAUCAUCCGUUUCUCUAAGCUGUUCGAGGAUGAACUGACUUUAGAUAACCUGACACGGCCGCAGCUGGUGGCCCUUUGCAAACUGCUGGAGCUUCAGUCCAUCGGCACCAACAACUUCCUGCGCUUCCAGCUUAUCAUGAAACUACGAGCCAUCCGUGCAGAUGACAAGAUGAUAGCAGAGGAGGGUGUGGACAGUCUGAAUGUGAAUGAACUACAGGCGGCUUGUCGUGUGAGAGGAAUGAGAGCUCUGGGUGUGACAGAGGAGAGGCUUCGAGAGCAACUUAAACAGUGGUUGGAGCUUCACCUGAAUCAGCACAUCCCUACGUCACUUCUGCUGCUGUCUCGAGCCAUGUUCUUGCCCGACACGCUUUCGCCUGCAGACCAGCUCAAAACAACUCUACAGAACCUGCCCGAGAUAAUGGCUAAGGAAGCACAGGUGAAGGUGGCCGAGUUGGAUUUCUCCAAAGUGGAUAACAAGACCAAGCUGGAGGCCACGCUGCAGGAAGAGGCGGCCAUUCGAGAGGAGCACAGAGAGAAAGAGCUGGAGCGACUGGCUGAUGCUGCAGAGAAGGCAAAGGAACAGGCUGCACGGGAGCUUGAGGUGCUGGAUGCAGAUGGGAAGGUGGAUGCAGAACAAGCUCUGUCCAGUGCAGAUGGGGCCAUCCAUUCAGAAACACUACGAGAUACCGCACCGGUGCUAGAGGGAAUUAAGGGAGAGGAAAUCACCAAGGAGGAGAUUGACAUGCUGAGCGAUGCCUGCACCAAGCUAAAGGAGCAGAAGAAUCUCCUCACCAAAGAGAAGGAGGAACUGGAGGACCUGAAGGAUGAUGUGCAGGAGUAUAGCGAAGACCUGGAGGAGAUUAAGAGAGAGCUCUCUAAGACAGGCCAGGAGAAAGUGGUGGAGGAAUCUAAAGCAAGCAAACGUCUAUCAAAGCGAAUCAAUCUUAUGAUUGGCCGAAUAGAUAAGAUCAUGAAUGAGCUGGAAAAGGACAAGGUGGUGCUAAACGGUCAGAUGGACAGCGAAACCACACCGCCCAUAGGAUUGUUCUUUGAGAAACGUAGUAACUUGCCAAGCUUGUUCCUGUCCUACAGGGAAAAUCUUGUGAGCAUCAAUGAACUCCUUGCCAUCAUGAAGCAGAUCCAGAACAUUCCAGAACACAAGCUGCUCAGCAUUGCAGACGCUCUCGAUGAAAACAAGGAUGGCAAGAUUGACAUAGAUGAUGUCAUCAAGGUCAUAGAGCUGAUCGAUAAGGAGGACAUCGAUAUCUCCACCAAUCAAGUAGCAGAGAUCAUGGUGAUGCUUCAGAAGGAGGAGAAGUUGAUGGAGAAGGAAAAAGCCAAGGAGAAGGCAGAGAAAGAGCAGGCAGCUAAAAUCCAAAACUAGACUUAAAACUGACAGCGCCACGUAAGGAAACGACCACGAAGCUAUUAAAGACCACGAAUGUGCUUAAUGUGUUUCAGAGAGAGGCGAAACUAAAGCUGUAAUUAUUGCUAUAUAAUGUGUUUCUUUUUGGUUGUUCGGAGAGAAAAAACACUUGUAAAAGGUUUAGAGAGAUCUUUCCCUGGAGUGUACGGUUUUACAUGCUAAACUAGGAACAAAUUUUGCUUUGUUCGAGACUGUUGUGUAAUGACUGAAUUGACAAAUUAAUUUAUUAAUAGUAUUUCAGAAAUUAAUUUUAAAAGGAUAUUUGUUUUGAAAAAAACAAAAAAACGUUUUGACCAUUUAAAAAUGGUCAUUGUUUUAAGAAUUCUGUUUUGUUGAAGCUUUAAGCAUCAAAAAUUAUUUAGAAAAAAAUAAUGAAAAUAUGAAGACAUUCUCAUCAACACCCCUUUGGCAGUGAUGUCAUUUCCUGUGAUCUGAGGUCAUUUCCUCUCUUUGCACAUUACAUCAUUCCACGUUUCUCAUCUGUUUUUUUCUUUUAAGUGCUCAGUUCAUUUACACGAGAUUGUCAAAUAUUGCUCAUACUCAUGAUGUUUAUCUAACAACCAAAGACAAUUUGUUAUACAGGUUGUGCUUUAUUUUGUCCUGUAAAUGCACAUUUAUGCCACUAAGCCCUGCAUCUUGUAUGCUGCAGAAAUGUAUUGACUGAAAGUCAGUGGCUGUCUAAUUGAUUCUUCAUUUUUAAUAUUUAUCUUAAUUGAGCUUUUAUUUUGGAUUAAUUUUAGCAUUGUGUGCAUACAUUCAUUUUGUGGCCUUAGCAGUCAGCCCCCCAAAAGUUGAAUCCAGAUAUAAUACAGCUAUAGUUUCUAUGCAUUAAGUGUAUAGAAAAUGUCCUUGCUAUGGGUCUCUGUAUUAGCAAUCUUAUGUUUCAAAUGCAUUUAGUGUUUGUGAAUGUUGCCCUUACUACCUGAAAGGUAGCCGUGUUUGUGUCUGGAAUAGAUACAAGUAACUUCAGUCAGUGUGGCCCAGCCCAUUCACAGCAAUAAGAGACCAAUCUAAAGAAGCUGUCUGAAUAAGCAUCUGCUCCUUACAUGGAGAGAAUUGCGAGUGGUGGCAGCAAAUUCUCACACAUGCAUAUUCGCAGCUUUGGCAGGCAGCGUGCAGUAACUGGAAAAUGUCUAUCAGUGUCACGCUCGCUGUUAUGAUGGCGUGAGUUUGGUAGCGUAGUUUCAUGUGGCACACAAGGCUGUGAAUCAUCACUCUUAACCCUAAACAUGUCACACAGAGGGAUGAUGUCUAUCCUCAAAACUCUCUGUGUUGUGUGUGUCUGAAUCUAGGUGCCUAUUUCACGAUGUGUCUCUUCACUGCAGUUAAGCCUGUGUUUAUAUCUGCUUCUCAACAGCAUUUCUAUUAUUACUACUACUACUAUCUCAUUAAUAAUACCAUAUUGUAAGUUGUUUGUAUUUAAACAGAGAUGCUGAUGUGUAAUUGCACUAAAAGUUGUUUUGAGUUUUAUUUUGGAGUGUUGAUCUAGACUCAGGAAGACCAAUGUUCGGUCUGUGUUUGCACAAAUCGAGAGAUAUUUUAAGAGGACGCACACUUAAAAAAAUGUUUGUGGUAGAUUGGUUAAUAUUGUAGAAAGGUAUAAGGAUACCUUAGAUUGCUUACAGUUCUUUGUAAAGCUAAUUUAAAAUGUAAGCUUCUGAUUAAUUCAUAAGAAAUGGUGCAUAUAUAAAUGACAAUAGGAAAGGAUUAAAAAGGAUAUGAGGGACAAUUAAUGUAUUUAUUACAACAUGAAUUACUUAUUUUAAAGCUUGAGCCAAAUAAUUGAGCUUAAUGGAUCAAACUUGCAGUAUAAAUGCUCCCAAAAGACAUGUUGUCAGAUUCUGCUUAUCAUCCUGUAUUUGUUAAGAGGUAAUUUAAUCUCAUAGAAAACUGGUCUGCUUUAUCUACUGUUACGCUAUAGUUACCUUAUAGACUAAAAAUCAAUAUGUUGCAAAAUUAUACAAAUAUGUAAUUUGAUUGUUUAUACUACCUAAUAUGUAAAUAGAAAUUACAUGCAAAGGUGUGAAUAAAAUCAAGCUGAUCCCUGAAAA